AAACACGCAGUUACUCGUAGUUUUAUUCUGACUUCAUUCAAGUAUUAGGUAUACUUAUAUAUUUUAACCCAGUGAUUUAACUAAAACAAAUCGUGGAGUGUUAUUUAAUUUCUAUAUAUACAGUCGCGAUGAAAUAAUAUUCUCACGAGCGAGACUAUUUUGAAUUAGGUCAAUAUCAUCGUAUAACCUAUAACGCGUUAUAGGUUAUGAUAAUAGCAUAAGAAUUUUACUAACAAUAGGUAAUAUAAACAAUGAAUAUUUCAACCAAGAUGGCGCACCGAUUUAUGAAACCAAUCAUUUUGAACUCUAAAAUACAAACAAUAAGAUCUGUUUUAAAUUGUUGUGAAAAUACAGGAUGCAAACUAUUGCAUACUGCAACGACCGUGCCUGUAAAAGAAAUUAAAAUACCAGUACAAUGGGGCCACAUUGCUGGGAAAGCGUGGGGAGACGUGGACGGACGCAGACCAAUACUGGCCCUGCACGGCUGGCAGGACAACGCCGGCACCUGGGACACUCUGGCGCCAUUACUCUACCAGAAAAUUCCUAUAAUAGCAAUUGAUUUCCCGGGACAUGGACUAUCAUCGUGGUAUCCACAUGGUAUGCAAUACUAUCCAUGGGACUUUGCACGUUUAAUACUAACUAUUAGGGAUCAUUUUCAGUGGGAUAAGGUAUCCCUGCUUUGUCAUUCAAUGGGAUCCAUCGCGGGGAUGCGUUACGCUUGCGUGUUUCCAGAAGACGUAGAUUUUUUUAUCGCUAUUGACAAUAUUAUCACAGACGAUUAUGACUUAGAUCAAGUAGUUGAAAGGUUCCCAAAACUAUUUCGUAAAAUCCAAAUUGCACAAACUAGAACUGAUGCUGAGCCACCUUCUUAUACUUUGGAAGAAUUUGUAAAGAGAUGGCAUUACGGGACUAAAAAAUCUGUAUCAAUGGAAAGUGUUCACCAUCUUGCGAAGCGAGGAAUGAAAGCAUCAUCGGGAGAUCCCAAUAAAUACUAUUUUAAUAGAGAUGCUCGUUUGAAGCACACCCUAUUCAUGCCCGAAAAUAAAAUGUUUGUAGAAACACUUGUAAAGCGAUUAAAGUGUCCGACCGCUUAUUUUAAAGCUAUUGAUUCUCCAUACGCUUCGGAUCCGUUUGCAGUGGAGCUUCGAGAAACUUUAGAAAAGAAUAAUGAAAACUUUGAAUGUCACUUUGUUCCUGGUACACACCAUGUUCAUUUGAACAACCCUGAUUUGGUAGCGCCUAUUAUGACGAAAUUUUUAGAAAAAUAUAAAUUCAUAAUAUGAACUACAUGUUUAUAGUUACUUAGGAAAAUUAUGAACUAAGUACAUGUUUAUAGGGAAAAUGUAUAGAAAAAAUUAAUUUCAGUAUUUAUUAUUUAAUAUAAGUUAUAGAUUUCACUUCCAAAGAAGCUUGUACAUAUAUGUUAACUUGUCAUGUAAACAAUUAAAAGCAUCUUUAAAAAGCGUUAAAUGGUACACAAUAGGCAAAGGUAUGUUAUACCACUAAUCAAUUAUACAUGAUUUUGUGAUCUUAAAUAUAUUGUGAUGGAUGUA